AAUUAGUAUAUAUGUUUUGCCUGAAGUUAUGUAAAAAACGUCUAUUUUCGAGAAAUGAAUGAAAUUCAAAUAACCGUUUCAAUAUGUGUUCCAGCCGAAAGUGAAGAUGAUAAUCCAUUGGAGCAGAUACUAUUGCAAAAGUAUUCAGAUCGUGGUUGGUGGUUCAUUUCAGGAAUUGUCAGUAAUAGUGAGUCCAUUAAACAAUCAGCCAUAAAAAUUGCGACAGAGAUCGCUGGAACUCAGAUCUAUUUGAACAAACUACUAAAGGUCAGAAGUCUCAAAGUCGGAAAUGCAACAACUCAACAACAUUAUUUAUUUCUUGCUCAGCCAAUUAGAACAUUUUUAGUGGGAAAAGCAAAAAAUCAGAAAGAAUGUAAGUGGGCUGAUUUGUCCGAUUUAGACAAACUAUACGACUGUGAGAAACUUUUAGACCGUCAACCACUUCAUGAAUUGCAACGUUUACGUGGAGAAUACUCUGGUACUUAUAAGUCGAUGGAGGAAACUGCUGAUUUUAUAGUAGAUACAAACGUUAUUAAUACAUCUCAAACAAAUCCUGCUGCCGAAUUAAUAUAUGCCGCAAAGAUAUCAACUCAAGAUCAGGAGCAACUCUGUAACGAAUUUUUCAAAUUUACAUCGCCAGCAGAGGCGAUGGACAAGAUUACGUUCGAAAAUUAUAUGAGAACAAAAGGCAUUAAAGAGAACUUUGAUUCGUACUUUCGGUCGUUUGACUCACUACGAUUUGGGCGUUUAACCUUUAAAAAUGUUCUACAAGGUUUAGCAUCUAUGGAACCUAGUACUCCACACGGAGGAUUGCCUGCAGAGAUACGAUGUAGACAUAUGUUUGAUUAUUAUAGAAGAGCCGAUGAAAUGAACCUUACCAGAGAAGAUUUUCGGAAAAUUGUCCACGAUAUCCGAAGGGCGAAAAUGACUAGUUUAAAUGCCAAAGAAGUCGACGAGGAUGCAAUAAACGGGGCUAAAUCGUUUAUUUGGCUAAACGAUCAAUUAACUCUGCAAAAUUUUCUAGAAUCAGUUGGCUUAUUAAAGUUUAGAGGCACAUCAACUAUUUAUCGAUUGCCUUUUCCCGUUAUGACAUCAGUAGAUAAACCUGAAACUAACUCUAAACCCUCGUAUAAACGUCUUAGGUCGAAUGACAUGGAAUGCACUAUACCAGAGUCUAUGGAAUCGUUCGACUUUAAAGUUCCUCAUAGCGUUCCCAAGCAAAUGGCAAUUAAGAAGCCUGAUAGAGGCUACGAAUUAGCGACGCAUUCCGUGAGAGUAAAAAGGGGUGGAGGUUUUUCAGACGUUAAUUCAAUAUGGGACUUAACAGGUACUUGCGCCGUUUCUGAUACAAACGAAUUAGAUUUAGAAGGAGAUACAAGUAGAUUUCAUAGAAUGCAGAGCGUCGAUUGUUUCAAUUCGAAAUCUCACGCAAACGAGAUGCUAAACGGGCUUAGAUAUUUUGAACGUCAGUCGAAAAAUUCUGGUGGCGAAUUAGUCAAGAAAUCAAUGAGCUGGGGUAAAGUACAAUCGGAUGGAUUAUGUAAAUGUUUGUCAGCCUUAACCGAUCAAGUUUACGAAAAAUUAAAGGAAGAGCCUCGUUUAUUGAAAGUGAAACCGCCGACUUUUAUUCUAGGUGAUAUUCAUGGAAAUUUUGGAGAUUUAAUUUGCUUCGAGAAAUCUUUGUGGCGUAUGGGACCAAUGCUUACACCUGCCAAUUACCUAUUUUUAGGUGAUUACGUAGAUAGAGGAGACCAUGGAAUUGAGGUUGUGUCGUAUUUGUUCGCUCAGAAAUUGCUCGCCCCCCACAAGGUAUUUCUAUUACGAGGAAAUCACGAGGUGCGCGAUGUUCAGAAGCAAUUUAAUUUUCAUUCACAAUGCAUUGACAUGUUUGGAGAGAAAGAUGGCUCUAUGAUUUGGGAAAAGAUAAAUAGGUGUUUUGACGUUAUGCCCAUUGCUGCUGUUGUUGAUGAUAAAAUAUUUUGCGUACACGGUGGUAUACCAUCGACCAAAUUACUUAUGGACGGUCAGAAUUAUUUAGGAAUGGAAGCCAUAAAUAAUAUACCUUGCCCCCUGUCUAAUCCCGAAGAAGAUAGUCUAUUGGCAUGGGAUUUAAUGUGGAGUGAUCCAAUACCCGAAUCAUCGGAACUAAUGAACGAUUAUGUUAAGGAAGCUUUUGAAAAGAAUGAAGGAUUCGCGCCAAACACUCGUAGGGGAGCGGGGAAUUUCUGGAAUUUAGGAGCUUUGAAAAGCUUUCUUGAAAAGAAUGGAUUUUCUCAUGUAAUAAGAGCUCACGAAGUAAAAGAAGCUGGAUUCCAGGUGCAAUAUAGCGCCAGACUGUUAACGGUGUUCUCUUCUAGUUAUUAUUGCGGAGGUUCUAAUGAAGCUGCUUGUAUCUUAGUAGAUGCGAAUAAGUUGCGUGUUAUCAGGCUCGAUACAACUUGA